AUGACAGCGACGACGAGCAGCGGACGCGAGAAGAAGUUCGCCAGCGAGCCGCGGCCGCCGGCGAUCACGAAACGACGCGACGAGCGACUCAAGACGUUUCGAUCGUUCGAUGAGAUCACCGAAUCCGAAGAGGAGGAUUCUCAUGAGCCGAUGAGCAGCGGCAGCAGUCGAAGUGUCAGCACCGCGUCCGAACGAUCGCCAUAUGCCGCGUGCGAUACCAAGGAGACGAGGAAUACCAGAAGUUUCUCAUUGACGAGCAAUCCGCUGCUCUCGCCGAAAACUGUUAGAUAUUUCUAUAAUUGCAGGUAUGGUGCUCCCCGACUGUCAAGAGGAUUCUCGGAUCCAGCGAUUCGUCGAAAAACUUCACUUCCUAACAUUAUCUAUCCGGAACAUGAGGCCGAUUUUCUUGCUCUUCCACCGAUUCCGGAAGCGACGACGCCGGCUUCACCAUCUUCCGGUUCCUCCAAAAUCCAAUUCCAAUAA